AUGGUGCUGCAGCCGCAGCGGCUCCUCGCCCCCGGGCUGCCGGCGCGGAGCCCUUUUGCGGCUACAACAGCAGCAGCAGCAGCAGCACCCGAAGCUGCAGCAGCAGCAGCAGCAGCAGGAUGCAGCAUAAGCAGCAGCAUUGCAGCAGCAGCAACUGCUGCUGCCCCCGCCUCCUCACCAUUCGCUAGGCCUUCUCUUUCUUCCUUAGAGAGCAGCAGCUCUCUCGUGCUUCACCGCAGGAGCAGCAACCCGAGCAGCAGCAGCAGCAGCAGUUGCAGCAGCAGCAGCAGCAGCAGUUGCAGCAGCAGCAGCAGCAGCAUUGCUGGGUUCGAUUCGCUGGCGAUGCGGCUUGCUGCUGCUGCAGCAGCUCCCAUCAACAGCAGCAGCAGCUCAACUGGAGAGGAGCCAGCAUCACUCCUUGCUCGGCAGAGUCAGCAGCAGCAGCAGCAGCAGCAGCAGCAGCAGGAGAAGGAGCAGUUUGCUGCUGCUGCUGAGGCUGCGCCUGCAGGCCUGCACAGCAGCCUUCAGAUGCAGCAGCAGCAACAGCAACAGCAGCAGCAGCAGCAGCAGCAGCAAUCGAGGAAGCAGCUGGGCAGCAAGGGGCCGCUGCUGCUGAGUGAGUUAGACACCCCCUUUGAGGUGGCGAGGAGAAGCAAGCACUAA